CUGCAACUUGCCACAACCCACCCUCUCGCUUUGAUACUUGGCCCUAUUGCAUCGAAAACCCCACAAAUCUCAACAGCCUUUUCUGAUCGUAUCCCCCCUUCUAUCUCUCUCUCUCUCUGUUAUUACUCUACCAGUUUACAGGGCAGAGAUUUUCUCUCUCUCUCACUUUCUACCUGUAACGGAGCAAGUUUCAGAGAGAGAGAAUAGAAUAGUGACUAACGAGAAUGGAAAAUGAGUAAUGGUAGUAGAAUAAUACUCCAGUAUUUGAGUAAUGAAAGCAAGUGAGUGAGAUCCAGCUCCUUCUCGUGAUCUCAUCUAAUCGACCCAACCUAAGCCCUAUUUCCGUCUUUAACGCCUCGGUUACUCCAACCUAUUACUAUUCUACUCUUUUUCUCCUUUUCACAAAACGAACUUCUUCAACUCUCUCUCUCUCUCUCUCUCUUUCUUCCCGAUAUUUUUUUUCGUUAUUCUCCAUCUGUGUCAUUGUAGGAUUCUAAUUGAGUUGUCAUUGGUAUUUUUUGAACACUAAGGGAUUGAUCCGAAGACUACUACGAUUUGCUUGUUUGGUUUCAGAUAUACAUCUGUCUUCAAUGCUGAAAAGCCUCAUUUUCGAACACGGGCUUCUCUUCUACUCUGUUUGCUCGAUUAAUAUAUCUUAGUGGGUAUCUUGCUCGGAGAUUGAGGUUGGCAAUUCGAAAAUGUUAACUUGUAUAGCAUGUUCAAAGCAGCUCAACACUGGAUCUCUACGUGAACCAGAGGAAGAUAACACGGCUGCUACACCCAGCAAAAAGCAAGCCAUUAAAGCACUUACUGCUCAGAUCAAGGAUAUGGCUGCUAAAGCUUCAGGUGCAUAUAAGAACUGUAAGCCAUGUUCAGGGGGUUCAAAUCACAACCAGAACCCUAACUAUGCUGAUUCUGAAACUGGGUCUGUGUCCGGAAGAUUUCAUUACUCGUAUAAAAGGGCUGGGAGUUCAAAUUCGACGCCAAAAAUGAAAGGGAGAUUGAAAGUGCUAUCUAGUGGCGAAAGUACGCCCGUCUCAGUAAGUGGCCGGAGCGAAUCAGUUGUCGGUAUGGAAGAUGAUGAUGAGUCAAAAGAGUGGGUUGCUCAAGUGGAACCCGGUGUUCUAAUAACGUUUGUUUCCCUGCCUGAGGGUGGAAAUGAUCUGAAACGAAUUCGAUUCAGCCGUGAGAUAUUUAACAAGUGGCAAGCCCAACGGUGGUGGGCUGAGAAUUAUGACAAGGUCAUGGAACUAUACAAUGUCCGUAGGUUCAAUCAACAAGCAGUACCCUUGCCAACUCCUCCGAAGUCUGAAAAUGAGAACUUAAAGCUUGAAUAUGCUGAGAGUAGCCCCGUAACACCUCCACUAACCAAAGAGCGUCUCCCUAGCCACUUUCAUCGUUCAACAGGUGAGGGCCACUUGUCGUCAGGCUCUAUUGAAGGAGAUCCAUUGCAAUCUCGUCAUUAUUAUGAUGCAGGUGGUCUUACUUCGACCCCUAAGCUCUCCAGCAUCAGUGCGUCAAAAAGUGAGAGACCAUCAAUGGACGCUUCUGCACGGUCUAGUUCUUCAAGGGAGGCUGAUCGCUCCGGAGAGCUGUCCGUUAGCAAUGCCAGCGAUGUUGAGACUGAAUGGGUUGAAGAAGACGAGCCUGGAGUCUAUAUCACGAUUCGAGCAUUGCCUGGUGGUACUCGAGAGCUUAGAAGAGUCAGGUUCAGUCGUGAAAAAUUCGGAGAAAUGCAUGCCAGGUUGUGGUGGGAAGAGAACAGAGCCAGGAUCCAAGAACAGUACUUGUGAUUUAGGACAGACUUUGGAGUUCAAAUUUAAAUUUAUCCAUAAUUGGUGUCUCUAUGCUUGUUUCUUUGACAUCAAUCCUAGUGUUACUCUUUUUUGUCUUCUUUCUCUUUUAACUAGUGCUUUUUAGGAUUUUAUGUGGGUGAAUUUUUUUUAGAAACGAGGGUUAUUUGAGGGUGCAAUGAUGUGUAGUGAUUGUUAAUGAAGAAAAUUGCGAAUCACAUGAAACGUAGCUCGUGUUAAUAUAUCUACCUACUUUAGUUUGAUUUA